GAUUUAUUAUCUUUUAGCGAUAGAAUACCUCGGCCCAUUCCAAAAAUGUCUUCAUAAGAGAAUCCCCCGUCAAUCUAUCGCCAUACGAAAUAUUUUCCUAUGUAAAACACGGACAAAUUUUACUCCAUUUCCGCAAUAAUUUCUAAUUGCUAUUCGAAAAGAUAUCAAUUUUUGACGUGUGAUUAUGCAAGAUGAAAUAUCUUGGAAACGAAUUUUUUACCACCCUCUCGUAACAUGCAUUAUCUGGUGAGGCUUGCACAAUUUUAUUGAUAGUCGGUAAUUGUUUUACUUAUUUGUCACUUACGACGUGACACAGGUUAGAGGGGCCUCGGGCUAGACUUCUUCGGAGUAGUGUGGGCUAUCCAUAUCACCAAAGGACUCUCUUUAUGCGUUCAUUAUGGUUUUCCUGCAAUAACAAAAUAGUUAGCCUAUAAUUAAAUGAUCUGAGGAUGUUCUCGGAAAAAUAGCGAGGAUUUAUUGUUGAAAUUAAGUGUUUCGUCAAAUCAUUCGUUUUUGUUUGGAUUUAUAAUUUGAUUGCGACAGAAGAAAAUGGAACUUCUUUUUAGAUCCUUCAACAUAUUUUUUGUGAUUGCCUGUGAACUAUUUCUCGCUUUGGGGCAACCUGCAGUUUUUAGCUUUAAUGCUGGACGAGAAACGUUAUGUAGAUCAAAUGAAUUCCACUGCGGUAACGGGACAUGUAUCCCAGAGGAAUGGACGUGCGACAAGGACCUGAACUGCCUUGGAGGAUCAGACGAAUCUCCUUCUCUUUGUGAUGGAAGUUCAGUGGAAGCAACAAAGAAACAUCGAAGGGUGUGUUACUACACAAACUGGGCUCAGUAUCGAGAGGCCCCCGCCAGAUUCACACCCGAGGACAUUAAGCCCGAGUUAUGCACCCACUUGAUAUACGCCUUCGCCAAAUUGGAAGGUUCGCAGCUUGAGACAAGUGAAUGGAACGAUCCACAAAUGUAUGAAAGAUUCAAUGAUCUGAAAAAUAGGAACAGAGAACUUAAAACGUUAUUAGCAGUGGGAGGGUGGAACGCCGGCAGCCGAGCAUUUUCCCCUAUGGCUGGAACUAUUGAGAAUAGAUUGCUUUUUAUGAAUUCAGCCAUUGAUUUUCUCCGAAAAUAUAAAUUCGAUGGCUUAGACUUAGAUUGGGAGUACCCUACGAGACGAGGAGGAAGGCCCGAGGAUAAAGAGAAUUUCGCAAAGUUGGUUCAGUUGCUACGGGAGGCUUUUGAUCGUGAGGCUCUUCGGUCAGGAAAACCCCGCCUCCUGUUGUCAGCCGCUGUACCCACCAGCAAAGAUCUCGUGGACCAGGCUUACGACAUAACCACAUUAGCUAAACAUCUUGACUUUAUAAACUUGAUGACGUAUGAUUUCCAUGGCGGCUGGGAGAGCAGUGUGGGUCAUAACAGUCCCCUUUACAGCCGACGGUCAGAAACUGAAACCCAACGGACAAUGAACACAAAUUGGGCCGCCCAAUAUUGGGCACAGAAUGGCGUCCCCAAAGACAAACUGAACAUAGGAAUCGCCACAUAUGGACGGACGUUCUCACUGGCCGAUUCUCAGAAGGACCGUCAGAUCGGCGCUGCAGCUGUAGCCCCGGGACGCCCAGGUCAAUACACAAGAGAGACUGGAUUUUUGUCUUAUUAUGAGGUUUGUCAAAUGCAAGAUAGAAGAAACGGUAAAAUAUAUAGAGACGAGGAGCAGAGCGUGCCCUAUUACGUCACGGGGAAUACGUGGGUCGGGUAUGAUGACGUCUACAGCGUUAAAAAUAAAGCAAAAUGGGUUCUUCAAGAAGGUUAUGGAGGAAGCAUGGUAUGGUCGCUGUCACUUGAUGACUUCAACAAAAUGUGUUCAACGUCUUCUCGAACGUAUCCAUUGACUUCUGUUAUUUCUGAAACAUUACUGUCAGAUCGUUCCUCGAAGUUUCCAACUACAGAGGCAACCAGAGAAAUUACGAGUACAACAACAUCAACAACAACACCAGCGACAACAACAACAACAACAACAGCGACAACAAUACCAGCGACAACAGAAAGAACAACCACAGAGGAACCGUCGACAUUACCGCCGAUUAUAACCAAAGAAGUGCAACCCCCAAAUGUGACACCCCCAAGUAUCUUCGUAUCAUCAGCUUCACCUCACACCAAUAACGGUAUCACCAUUGUUAUUCCCAGGCAAACACCGGAAACAGCUACAGUGAAAUAUACUACAAAUAGUACAGAUAUUAAGCACACGAAAGUUACUGUCUUCGUGACUCGCAUUCCUCCACCAAACUCCACUACACAAGAAACGCCUAAGGCUCGUCGGACCACAGUAAGGGAGGUAACGUUCUCAACAAGGUCACCGCUAUCCAUUACAACAUCAACGACAACCAGAAAACCACCAAGAUGGAGAACAUUUUUUCCAUCCACAACUACAACGACUGAGAGUCCAGUGCCACAAGGGCUGGAACAGAUCAAUCUGAUCAUGAGGCGCACGGGGUUUUUAAAGCAAACGCCUCUUUGGUUACAUAUAACUGAACGGAAAUUUUAUCCACCGCAUUAUAGCUAUUUCAGCUGUCACAGACGACCAAAUGGCUAUUACACAGAUGUGAAUGAUUGUUCUAAAUACUAUGUGUGUCAAAACCGAAGAACAUUUCAUUACAAGUGUCCAAAAGACUUGUACUACAAUCCACUGAAACAAAUAUGUGACUGGAUCACAGAGGUGAAAUGUUUAAGCCCACCAAGGAAAUAGUCGUGGGAAAGAAAUUGAAGGUACAUGUAUGAAGGGGACACCAUAUUGGUUUUACACUAUCUUUGAGAAUAAAACUUGUUACACACUCGA